CCAUCCACGUUGUGCCGCCCGGAUGCGUGAUGACCCGGGAGGAUGGAGAAGUUGUCCGCGAGCCUGUCGGAGAUCACUUGGAACCCCUUGGCGCUGCCUCUGGACGCGGUGGUCAGCAAGUUCCGCCUGCCCACUCUGGUCCGCCUGGCACACGGUGAGUGUGUGGAGGGUUUGGCGGAGGAGGAUCUGGUUCUUCUUCACUCCUGUCGACAGUGGACCACAGUGACCGCCCACAGCCUGGAGGAGGGACAUUAUGUCAUCGGACCCAAGAUUGACAUACCCCUCCAGUACCAGGGGAAGUUCAAGCUGCUGGACGAGGACCGUGAUGUGAGGGACCCAGUGCAGUACUUCUCCAGUGUGGAGGAGGUGGCCGGAGCCUUCCCCGACCGAGUCUUUGUCAUGGAGCCCAUCACAUUCAGCGUCAAGGUUGUGUCUGGGGAGUUCAGUGAUGACAGUGAGCAGUACAGUUUCAGUCUGCAGGCCGGAGACGAGCUGUCACUCAUGGGGAAGGCGGAGCUUCUGUGUGCCACGCCCUCCAAGGACAAGACAGGCCUGAGCGCAUUGCUGAGACGCCUGGGAAAAACUCCAAGGAGUAAAACUCCGUGCCUGGUUUGCAUGAAUCACCGCACCAACCAGAGUGUGAGCCUGCCUUUCGCCUGCCGGGGGCGCUUUUGCACACGCUCCCCUCUGGAACAAGGCAUGCUGGGAGGAGAACACACAGUGCGGAGCAUCAUAGAACGUGUCCGCCUCCCCGUCAACGUCUCCGUCCCGACUCGCCCGCCGCGGAACCCAUACGACCGUCACGCAGUGAGAGAGGGCCACCGCUACAAGCUACUCAACAUCGUUAGCAAAACUGUGGUACUGUGCUUGGUCCUCCGCAGACAGGAAGUAUCCCCGUCCCACUUCCUGUUACUGCGGUGUAUGCCUAGAUUUAACGUAGCGGAGGCGUCUGUCCACACGGCGGCGCUGGAGAGCCUACUUUUACGGCACGCGUUUGACCCAGACGCGUACUCUCGGGCUGUCAGGGAGACCCGCCCGGAGCUGGAGUGCAUGACGGAGGAGUGCACCAGCCCGCGCCGCUCCAGGGUGUGCGUGGGACAGGACUCGCUCGCCCCCGCUCUACAACGCCUCUCCAUGUGCGGCUACGUGGGCGGGGUCACCGACGGCCUAUCACAGCGCUGCAGGGACUCUGUGGGGGAGGGACCUGGUGAGGAAAGGGAAUACAUGACUCCCGAGUGGACGGACACAGAUAUGCGGACCAAUGAGGAGAUUCCGUACGAAGAACUCUGGACCAAUCAGAACACAGAGAGUUUGGGGAAGGAGCCUAAUAUUAUUUCGAUUCACUCGUCCUCCUCUAUGGACGGGUCACUGGGUACAGUAGUGACCAGAGUGUCCACCCCGCCACCUGUACCGCCCAAAUCAGAUGCGGUUAGAGAGGAAUGCCGUUACCUGAUAGCUCCUCCCGUCCCCCCUCGCUGUUCUAAAGGAGGGUCCAUCUCCAGUCCUGCCCCGAGCCCGCCGGUGCCCCCACGCUUUCCCAAAACCUCCACAUCUCCAAGGCCCAACCUGUCCUUUUACUCCUCCGGAUUACAAGAAAGCUGCCCCUCCCCUGAUACCUCCCUGUACUGUUAUCCCUGCCCUUGGGGAGACUGUCCUGCUCCGAACCCCACCAGUCCUGAACCAUCGCCCGCCCCACCUGCAGACAGCACAGCCAAUCCGCAGCCAGCACAGGCCACUUGGGCGGAGCCAUGGGUGGAGUCGUUCUCUGGGCCCCGCCUCAGGCCGCCUCCACCUCAGAGUCGCUUCGCCCCCUUCGGUGCACUGAACCCCUUUAACCGCCAGUCGCCCUGCCCCUCCCCAGAGCCCAGCCCGCCCUCAGAGUCAACCAGGGGGGCAGAGGGAGGCGGAACUUGGAGCCCGCCUCAGGACCUGUCUGCGCUCUCAUUGGAGGAAGUGUCCGCCUGUCUGCGCUUUAUCGGCCUAUCAGAGGCGGCCGUGGCGGUGUUUCAGAGAGAGAGGAUCGACGGGCGCCUCCUGGUGCAGCUGACAGAGGACAUCCUGUCACAUGACUUCCACCUGAGCCGCCUGCACGUCACCAAGAUCAUACAGUUCAUCCAGGGCUGGAGACCCAAGAUCUGAGCCCAGAUGGACUGGGCCUUCAAACCUGUAUACUACUGCACAGUACUACCACUCUGUACUACCACACUGUACAUCUGCACCGUACUACUGCACUGUCUAAUGGUCAAGCUCCCAUAAUGUGCUGAGAUUUGGUUCGAAUUAGUUCAGCAAGUAUGGCAAAUAUUGGUGCAAAUAAUAAAAAUAUGUGGGGUGUAACAGACAGAAUCAGAAUCAGAACAAUGUAAAAGAGAACUCAAGACUACUGAAGAAUGAAAAAGCACAAUAUGGGAAUUUGGGAAAUAUGUCACAUAGGUACAAUUAUAAAAAAGUCUGUUCUAUAGUAUGCAGCUUUGAAAGCAGAACCCCUCAGAAACACUGAGCCUCAUGUGCCUGUUGGCCCCUGAGCCAUAAUGUGCCUUCACUGUGAAGCAGCGCUGAGCCCAGUGUCUGGACCUCCGCCCCCUGGUGGCCUAAGUGCAAAGUGAUCAAAUAUGAUAUUUCAUUUUCAGAACAAAAUACAGUCUGAUGGUUCCUCAAACCAAGACUAGUUUACAAAGCAGUUUUCUCCACAAUUCAAAUGACCCAAACCUGAAUGUAAAAGAGAGUGCAGACUGCAAAGACUUUGAAUUUACCACUAAGUUGACAAUGUGAAGAAAUUGUAUUUAUGAGGGUCUCAUCCUUAUGUAUGAUCCAAUUGUAAGUGUUAUUUGACAGGUACAUGAACAAGAACAGUAGGCUAAGCUAAUUAAGCUAAUUAUUUAAUAAAACUUAGUCAGAAAAAAAAUAGUUAAAUGCUCAUUGGGUGGUUCUGAAAUUAAAUUAAUGUCUAUAUAUUUGUUGUGUAAAAAGAUAGAAUAUAAGAUGCUUUUUUGUUUUUCAAAUUAUACCUCAGAUUUAGUUUAGUAUUACUUUAGGCCAUAACUACAAAUUAAGUGAUAAACAUGUUUUUCCCAACAUGUAUCACUAUUUUCAGUUGUAAGCUAUGCUGCUACGAACAUAUAACCAGAAAGAAUGAUCAAAUAAAACACAAGAUUUUAAGAAAUAUUGUAAGUUCUUUAUUAGAGAUGUU